UCCUGUUGGUCUCUGCAAGUCUGAUAUAACGCCCGCAAACAACUUUCACCCUAAGACCUAGCCCCGCUGUCACCAUCAACAACUCAAAUCUGCGGCCCCAUCCAUGCCCUCCAAGCUACUGAAACGCUUCAAAAGCCGCCGCGUCACCCUCACUCCGGAGUCUGACGGCACCCGUGACUCUCAACAUCCAACUUCCGACCACGUCAAACGCUGUUGGUACAAAAAGCCCAUGUUUGAUUUUUGGCAGGGCCUUCUUGCGGCUCUGGAAAGGAUCGCCAUGUUACCAUCACUCAUCCACUCUGUGCUCCCAUCACUAUCCUCACGAAAACGUGUACGAGAUGCACUCCGGACUUAUGAUCGAACCAUGGACGACCUCCUGCGCGAAAUCCAACGCCUCCUUGAAGCACCUCUGGAGCCUGCAAAGCUACUUCAAAUGUCUGCAGAGCUGCAGAGACAAUUCACCCCCAAACUUCAAGCCAGCGACAUCUGCAUGCUUCCUUCCUACAAUGACAAGCUGCCCACCGGUCUCGAAAAGGGAACAUAUCUUGCUCUCGACGUUGGUGGCUCCACGUUCCGCAUUGCACUUGUGGAGUUGAAUGGGAAGCAACCCGGUGCCAAAAACAUGAGCAUCGUUACCAUGAAGUGCUAUAAGAUCGAUGAAAAAGUUCGGCAGCGAAGUGGAGCCCAAUUCUUCGACUGGAUGGCUGAAAAGAUUCAACAAGCACUUGCAGAUCCUCAAUUACAAAAGUCGACAGGCACCACAAGCUUCCCGAUGGGCUUGGCGUGGUCCUUCCCGGUUGAACAAACAUCAACACGUAGUGCAAACCUUCUGGAUAUGGGCAAAGGUUUCCGCGCGACGGAAGGACUCCUUGGUCAAGACCUCAGCGAGCUGAUCAUGGCGCCAUGCAGAAAGCGAAACCUGCCUGUCCACAUGGACUCCAUCGUCAAUGACUCGUCUGCAACCUUACUUUCACGUGCUUACGAGGAUCCAUCGACGCGCUUUGCAGUGAUCCUCGGAACCGGUUUCAAUAUUUCCGUGCACCUGCCUGUUUCAUCGCUUGCGACUACCAAGUACAAAGGCUAUCCCCAGAAAUGGCUAGACGAGGCCACGCAUGUCCUCGUCAAUACCGAGUGCAGCAUGUUCGGCAAGAAUAUUUUUCCUACCACACGGUGGGACGACCAGCUCAACGAUGCACAUGUGCGACCAGACUUCCAACCCUUUGAGCAUAUGAUUAGUGGCCGCUACCUAGGCGAAAUCGUUCGAUUGAUAAUAGUCGAAGCUGUGCGGACAGCAGGCCUCUUCAGUGGUGAAAUGCCUAAUCUACUAAACGAGCCAUACACUCUCGACACCGGAACCAUCGCCGCCAUGGAGAUGGAUGGCUCAAAGCAUCUGACAAACGCCACUGCUUUGUUCCAAUCAAACCAUUCUCUCAGCAAGCCACCCACCUAUAACGAUAUCCAAUUUGUCCGCCAAAUCUCCCAACUCGUCUCCCACCGCGCGGCAGCCUUCCUCGCUACUGGUAUCCAUGCCUUAUGGGCCUUACGUAUUGAGUCGGAGGGUCUGACAUCCGCAUCUGCCGGACGAACUAGCAUUGGUUGCAACGGGUCCGUGAUCGAAAAAUAUCCCUUCUUUAGGGAACUGUGCCAGUCACAUCUGGAUGAGCUAGCUAUCGCAUCUGGCGCCGAGCCCAAGUCAAUUUCUCUUGAAAUUGCCAUGGAGUCGGCGAUCUUCGGCGCAGCUGUCGCUGCAUGCUGUUUAGAAGGAUUGUAGAUGCCAUCUUUACAGUGCAAAGCAUUCGACGCGUGUCUUACUUUAUACCCUUUCAGCGACAGCAGUUGUACAUAUUGCAUUGGCGAAUAUUUCUCUCACACUAUUUUUUCCGGCAUCUAGAAACCACUUGGACUAGAUAUGGGCAUAAGGGGCAUCACAAAAUGCAUACGGGAACUUUACGGCAGCUAGUUCCCUACGGGCAUCUAACAAACGCAUCUCUCGCCUUGCAACAAUUGCAAUGGCAGGCAUGAGCAAUGAAACGUCGUUUGAUCUACUACUCAUCAGAAUUCUCACCGCAUCUCGUUUUGCUCCACACGUUGUCUGAUUUCCUACCAUCCAUCAUGAUACAGCAAGGUAACACAAAGGGGAGAGCUAGUGGGAGCUACCGGUAAACCAAAUGGCCCUGCGUUGAAAGUGCGCACAACGUGCAUUCAAUUCAUGAGCUCAUUCCACACACCACUCCAAUAACCAGC